UGCCGGUUUUGUCAUCAACGCUGUUGUGGUGUUUUAGUGGAAUUUCGACGGAUAUACGGGUAUACGUGAUCGUGUUAAAGGCGCCUCCCACUCCACCGCACGCGCCCCCCUGAUAUGUGAAACGAGCUUUUUGCGUUUCAAGCUGCGACGAACAAAAGAAGCAACAACAAAAUCAAUAGAUAACACAAAAUUAGCCACGCUUGUUGUUUCGGCCAAUUCAAUUAAGUGCGAACAAAAGAAAGUCCAAGCCCAGUCCGGGGACCAAGUGAUAAUCUAUCAAAUGGACCACAAAAGCGUUUCCUAAUUAAACACGAAAACCCAAUAAAAAAAAUUAGCCCCGAAAAAGAAAGUCUACGCUGGACACAGGCAUUACACAACAAGAGCGUGCAAUUGACCCAGGCCACGGAGCAUACGGUGCAGAGCACGGAUCAAAGGCUGUCAGCGUCAACCUAUUGCUUAGUGUGCAGUACGCAAUACGCAACCUCCCUCCCUGCCCCCAGCAAAAACAACAGUUAUUCCACAACGCAACUAUGACGACUGCGGUGAAAGUAAUCUUGGCCUGGUGUCUGGUGAGCGCAUUCGCCAUGCAAAUGGGAUCGACAUCAGCCAUACCAAUUUGGGAGUUUUUGACGCGCAACGAAAAGAUGUCUUACCUGUACUCCACCUUUGCCCAGCUGGUAAGCGUGCACUGCAAAUCGACGGUGGGCGGCGGACUCCCGGUGAACCAGUGCAAGCAUAAUCUACUCGGCUACGGCUACGAGAAGCUGCAGACACUCUCAGACGCGCAGCUGGAGGCACUCGAUCCCUAUCAGCGCGAUGCCAAUGAGCUGAUCUGGUCAUCGAUCAUGCGGGAGCAUCCGAGUGCCACACUGAUCACCACGCGGAAGCCGCUGCCGCCGUUGCCCACGCCGCCAGCCUCCUCGCUGAUCAUCCUCACCCACCAACAACUGCCGCAGCAGCAGGCGGCGGAGUCCAACGCGAACCCGCUCUUCGACAGCAAUAACGAGCAGAAGCACCAGUAUGCCAUGGACAUGGACAUGGCCUACGGCUUUGGGUCUUCCUCUCCAAUGCAUCCCCAACAGCAGCAGCAGGCGAGCAGCGAACUGCCGAUGGCCCUUGCCCUUACUGGAGAGCCGCCAAAGACCUACCUGAGCGGGCCACUGGUUUUCCGGCUCCGACCCGAUGGCUCGCCCGUGGAGGAGGACCAGAACCGGCCGCUGCCCCACGACGACGACCUGGACAUCUUCCGCCUGGGCCUGGCCGCAGCUGGAGCCGGAGGUCGGCCGCGCGCCACCAUCCCCAACAGGCACCGCAAGAUUGCCACGAUCAGUGCCCUGAAGCAGCAGCACUUCGCCUCCAUGCUCCAGCGUGACCUGCAGCCCCCCCACCAGAUACAGAGGCGACUGUUCCGCCAGCAGCUGGCGUAAGACCCACACGCCUGGUGGCGUGGCCCUAGAUAUAAGUCUUUUGUGUGAGGAUUGAAUGUGAUACAAUAUAUAUCUGCGUGCAUGGAUGAGUGCGUAUGGUGGAGUGUGCCUGAGAGCCUUCCCUCGUUUUAGUUGAGGAGGAGGAGCAGGAGGAGACACUUCUUGGAUGCACUUUGAGCUUUAAUGGAAUUUCGACCGUAUUCGUACAACGUUUAAGUUUUCUUUAAUUUUAUUUAUUCGCGUGCAUUAGCCGUAAGAUCAAAUACAAGUAGAGAUUCUUGAAUAAUAAACAGCAUAAUUAUUAUCAUUA